AUUACAUCCUUUUGUUGAAUGUCUGAAACUUGUUCUUGAAAUCAUGGUGUUGCAAAGGAGGCUUGAUCAUGGAUUCAAUGGCUAUGAGGUGCCUCCUACACCUCGAGCUACAAGAUCACCAAGAAAGAGUGCUUUCAAGAAGAAUCAAAUAUCUUCCUUCGAUUUGUUGGCUGCAGUAGCUGGAGACCUUCUGCUUGAAAGUGGUGGCAAUUCUUCUUCCUCAAGUAACAACGCCAUAGGGGAUACUAAUGAAGAAGAUCAGUGUGCUGUUAAGACAAAACCGCAUCAAACAGUGGUAGAGGAAAUUAACUGUGAUCAUAUUCAUGACAAUGAUGCUGAGAGGAGGUUCUUUGUCUCUGAGAUCCUUCCAAAAACUCAUAGAUCUCCAAGUCCUCCCAAAGAUUUCCAUUUUGGAUCUACCUCUGGCAUAACUUCGGACUCCUCGGAGAAGCUUGGCACUCAAGGAUUAGGUCAGAGUGUUUGUUUUAGGUCAGAGACUAACGAUAAGAUAUCAAUGCAUGGGAGACUAAUAAAUGAUUGUGAACCAGAGUUAUCAAGGGAUAUUAUAGCCGAGAAUAAGCAUCAUAUAGGUAGUGGCUUCAAGAAACCUGUUCCUCCUCCAGUGUGCUCUGAUGAUAUAGAUUUACUCAAUGAUGAUGGCGAAAACUUCUCAGCACGUUACACAACGAAAACAUUUAGGUCAACCCUUAGAAUAGGAGAUAGAAGAAUAAAGAAAGUCCUGGCUUCAAAGUAUUGUAAACUCUCUUCAAAGCAGAAAGAGACGACGGUUACUAAUUCAGACAUGGACUUGAAGCCUAGUUACUACAACAAGAAACAUUGUCUUAAAAGCUUCAGAUCAGAGAGGAGAUAUCCAAUCAAGAAAAGAAGAUACUUUGAUGGUUAUACAGCGUCACAAUCAGAAGAAACACCUAAAAGGGGUUCAGCUUUUAUGUCAACCAUAGCUUGUCAGAAGCAGCCAGCUUUACAAUCAAGAGAUUCUCACGUGAAACUUGGAAUCAAGUCAUUUAAAGUUCCUGAGCUUUUCAUUGAGAUUCCAGAGACUGCUACUGUUGGUUCGCUUAAGAGGACAGUCUUGGAAGCUGUGACCACCAUACUUGAAGGUGGACUACGCAUAGGUGUUCUUGUUCAUGGAAAAAAAGUUAGAGACGACAGUAAAAUGCUUCUUCAGAAUGGAAUCUCUCUAGACACUCUCUCAGACACCUUAGGCUUUUGUCUUGAGCCAAACCCUCCACACUCCACAAAACCGCUGGCUCCUGAAGAUUCUGAUUGUCUCCGUCCAUUUAAUGUACCUCACACGCUAACAAGGUGUCUUGCAUCACAAGGGAAACAUGCUAAACCUAGUAACUCUGUAGAAAGUGACCUUGACUCCAAACCCUCUGCACAUAAUAGGGCCAAACCAGUCUACUCCAGAGCUUUGAUUCCUGUAGCUCCUCCUCUGCAUGCACAGGCUUUAAACGUAGUCCCACCUCGAAAACCUAAGCGAUCUGAGGUGGCUCAGCGCAGAAUCCGUAGACCUUUCUCUGUUGCAGAAGUAGAGGUCCUUGUUCAAGCUGUGGAGAGACUUGGGACCGGAAGGUGGCGUGAUGUAAAGCUGCGAGCGUUUGAUAAUGCAAAGCACCGGACUUAUGUCGAUUUGAAGGAUAAGUGGAAAACGCUGGUGCACACAGCAAGAAUAUCGCCACAACAAAGGAGAGGUGAGCCAGUUCCACAGGAGCUCUUAGACAGGGUACUGAUGGCUCAUGCCUACUGGUCCCAGCAACAGGGGAAACAACAGUUGCUGGAGGGACAUCAGAAGCUCGAGACCAGUCUUGGUCUAUAGACUGGGAAAGAAAUGUUAUCUUCGCGGUGUGAAAAUGGAUGUUAGCGGGAUGAAACUGAUCUUUUUUUACUUUCAUAUAUACUUUUUUUUGUUUAUUUGUUAUGUUAUGUAUUUGAAAAUAUUCAUUGUGUAAGGAAAAAAAAAGGAAAGGAAUGUGGUGAAGAAGGGUAUAGAUGAAGAUAUGUGAGGUCUAAUGUAAUUGUCACAGUGCUUGGUUAAUAAUAACAUGUUAUUCCU